UUUUUCUACGAUUUGCCGGGUAUUUUAGAAAUAGACAAAUAGUUGAUAUUAUUCACUUUGAUUUGUCUAUAAGUGUUAUUUCGUACAGUAUUCAAUUAUAAAACAUGCCAACGACUCGGAAAAAAGUAAUAAAAACCGUUUACAAAGAUGAAAACGAUAGCGAGCCCGAGGAAACCGGAGAUUUUAGCGACUCGGGGUCCGAUGCCAAAAUAACAGACGUCUCCAGCUCAGAGGACGAGGAGCAAGCCGUGUCGUCAGGAGAAGAAUUUGAAGACAAAGAUCCAAAAAGUAGUAAAGCAAAAAAAUCGGCACCGAGUAGAAAGCCGCAUUUUGCGAAAAACUUCAUUAAAAAGAUUCGCGAUGAACCUCAGGAUGGUUCGGAUGAAAAUGCUCCUGCCAUAAAAGCAUUUUCAGUGAAGGAUCUAACUGAUGCUGAUAAGCUGCUGCCUUCUUUCCUCAACCUAUCAGAAAGUGACAGCAGUGAAGAUGAAUCUCCCAGAAAACCACCGAGUAUACCUGCCAACACCACCUUCUCAUCAGCCAAUGAUGCAGACAGCGACCAUGAAACGAAAAUGGAGUAUCAAGAUGUAUGGUCCAAAAACGUACCUGACAACAGUGAAGAAAUUGCGCAAAAGACUUUCAAAGAAUUGGAAAUCCACAAAACAAAAGUUGAAGAGACGAAAGCUUCAAUCCUCAAUUACACGGCCAAGAGCUCCUCCGAGGCCUUUGAUGUGAAGGAUCUGUUGGCUCAGGGAGAGGAUGUGCUACCCGAGCCUAAACAAGAAAAGAAAAGUAAAAAAAAGAAGAAACAUAAUGACAGUGACUCGGAAAUGGAGGACUGGGAAGAGGUGAAAGAGUCAAAAGCACUUCCAGCUUCCGGAUUGCAGGUGGUCGUAGACUUCCCCGAUGUUGCCCACAGGAAAUCAAAAAAGAUAGACGUUGAGAUGAUGAUGAAAAGAAAAAUGAACCGAGUCAAAAAAGAGUAUCAAGUGUACAUGCACAAGGUUCAUGUUCUGUGCUGGUUGGGGCACGGGAAUUAUGUAAGCUCAGUUUUAAAUGAUCAGGAAAUAAUGAGUGCCGUAUUAUCGUUGGUUCCUUCAAAAGAAUGCUACCCAGGUGAACGAGUUGAUGUGAAGUAUGUUGAACAGAUAACAAAAUGGUUUAAGAAUAAAAUAACUUUAAUACAAGAUAAGCAUGAAAACAAGUUCAAACCUAAAGCGCCGCCUCUUAAAGAUAUCUUAUUAAAAGAGAUUAAAAACAAGACGGUUUCAACAAAGAAAUUCAUGUUCUUUAUUUUUGUCAGUAUGUUAAGGGCGCUCGGCCUCCAGUGUCGAGUCAUGUUCAACUUUGUGACAUUGCCAAUUAGACCGCCCAGUUCCGAACUUUGUUCUCUUUCUACCAAACCAAAAGACGAAAAGAAGAAUGUGGAGCCUAAAAAAGAAGAUACAAAAAAAUCAGUUAAAAAAAAAGGAUGCACAUCUAAAACAAAAUCAAAACAGAGCAUAGCACAAGUUGAUGGAAACUAUGAUAGUGACAUGGAUGUGGAUGAUAACUAUUAUAGUGACACGAACAUUAUGCAAAUUGAUGGUAAUGAUGAUGGUAAUAUUGAAACAGCAAAAGGUCGUAAAACUAGACGAAGUAAAACGGCUAUAGCCUUGGAACUCACAGAAAAGGCAGAGGAUGUUUCACCACCUAAAAGAGCAAGAAGAAGUGUCGCCAUUCCCUCAAACUCUGAACAAUUAAAAAAUGUAUCCGAGGAUAAAACUCUACCAAAGAGAAGAAACAGAAAAGCCAGUGAAGAUAAAGCUAAGGCCCAAGAAACAAAAAUAGUUAAAGUAGACUCUAGUAAUAAAGCUUCAGCAACAUCUAAGACACUCUCUUUAAAUAGACGUGGAAAAGCUAUUAAAGAAACUAAAACUGAGACGAAAGAUAGCCAAAAUGAAAUCUCAAAAUCUUCACAAGAAAAAUCAAGUAAAAAGACAACCCCAAGACCAAAUCAACCUGAUCCUCCAAAAAUUGUUGUUACUAACGAAAAUAACAAGGCAGUUAGUAGCACAUUCUUUGAAAGUAAUAGCAAUACUGGGCCGACUAAAUCUACAACACGGAGCCGAUCAAAAACUGCCGACGUAAAAAACGUGCAAGAUUCUAAAGGUUCUGUUAAUAAACCAACUAAAUCCAGAUCAAAGAGUGCAGGCACUCCUGAAACAAGUAAAUAUUUCAAAGGCAGUGAAAAAACAAUAACUAAAAAAACAAAAAAGGCAGCUAAAGAUCCAGACGAUGAGCUGAGAGUGAGUCACAGGGAUCUCGUGCCGAAGACAAAGGCAUCUCCUAAGAAUGAUGUGACUUCUACACUGAUUUCAAUCAUGAAAGACAGAAUGGAAGAGUCACUGAAUAAUGCUAAAGUGGUUAAGAAGAAAACGCAAACUGUAAAAGGAAAAUCAAAGACAAACAAAGGCGACAGCGACUACGAACCGGAAGCAGUGAGCGACGACGAUUUCAAACCGACCAAGAUCAGUCCGAAGCCAAGUACGAGUCGCAAAAUCGACCGUCGAGUGCUAUCCACAGACGACGAGGCACCCAGAGACAAGACGGACGUGUGGUGCGAGGUGUACGUCGAGGAGCUAGAGCAGUGGAUAGCCGUCGAUGUGGUCAAGGGGCAGAUUCACUGCACAAAUGAGAUUUACAGCCGAGCAACCCACCCUGUAUGCUACGCGGUCGGGUGGGACAACAACAGCUACCUCAAAGACCUCACGCGGCGCUACGUGCCUCACUGGAACACGGUCACCCGCAAGCAACGCGCCGAGCCCGUGUGGUGGGACACUGCUAUUCUCCCGUGGAAGGGACCCAGAACGGCUCGGGACAAGGAGGAAGACGAAGCUUUGGACAGGAUGCAGUUAGAUGCCCCGCUACCUAAGAGUAUUGCCGAAUACAAGAACCAUCCUCUGUACGCGUUAAAGCGGCACCUGCUGAAGUACGAGGCGCUGUACCCGGCCGACGCGCCUACGCUCGGGUUCGUGCGUGGCGAGGCGGUGCACGCGCGCGCCUGCGUGCACGUGUGCCGCUCGCGGGACACCUGGCUCAAGGAUGCCAAAGUGGUGAAGCUGGGGGAAAAGCCGUAUAAAGUCGUCAAAGCACGCCCCAAGUGGGACAAGUUAUCCAACAAGCUGAUAACCGACAAGCCGUUGGAAAUAUUCGGGCCGUGGCAAGUUCAGGAGUACGAGCCGCCCGUGGCCGAGAACGGCAUCGUGCCGCGCAACGCCUACGGUAACGUUGAGCUGUUCAAGGCCUGCAUGUUGCCUAAAGGCACCGUACAUGUCAAACUGCCUGGCCUGAACAAAGUGGCCAAGAAGUUGAACAUAGACUGCGCCCCGGCCAUGACGGGUUUCGACUUCAACGGCGGCUGGUCGCACCCGGUGUACGACGGGUUCGUCGUGUGCCAGGAGUUCGAGGAGGUGGUCACGCACGCCUGGCUCGAGGAUCAAGAAGAGAUGCAGAGGCGCGAAAAAGAAAAAACCGAAGCAAGAGUGUAUGGCAACUGGAAACGGCUGAUCAAGGGUCUCAUGAUCAAGGAGCGGCUCAAGCUCAAGUACGGGUUCCAGGAGCCCAGCACUUCGGACAAAGCCAAGAAUUCUAAAGGGCCAAGAUUUGUGACGAAGAAAAAAAAGUAAGGUCCCAAACUGAAUUGAAUACUUACUGUAAAUGGCGCCACAAUCUUUAUCCA